CGGCGGGGAGGAAUAUUCCUUCCCGCCCCGUCCCCGUGACGGGGAUCCCCGCGGGGAUCGGGGGGAAUUGCCACCCCUAGUUGGGAGAAGAGAAAGAAAAUGAAGACCAUCCUGUCGUCGGAGACUAUGGACAUCCCUGAUGGGGUGAACAUCAAGGUGAAGGCGAAAGUGAUCGGGGUCGAGGACCCGAGGGGCAAGCUUACCCGCAACUUCAAGCACCUCAACCUUGACUUGCAUCUCAUCAAGGACGAGUCCACGGGCAAGCGCAAGCUCAGGAUCGAGGCCUGGUUCGGCUCCAGGAAAACCAGCCUGCCAUCCGUACCGCGCUUAGCCACGUCGAGAAUCCGAUUACCGGUGUGACUAAGGGUUACCACUACAAGAUGAGAUUCGUCUAUGCUCACUUUCCCAUCAAUGCUUCCAUCACCAAUGGCAACAAGUCCAUAGAGAUCCGCAACUUCUUGGGCGAGAAGAAGGUCUGUAAAGUGGAUAUGCUUGAAGGUGUUUCUAUUGUUCAAUCUGAGAAGGUUAAAGAUGAAAUCGUGUUGGAUGGGAAUGGUAUUGAACUGGUGUCGCGGUCAGCUGCUUUGAUAAACCAGAAAUGCCAUGUCAAGAACAAAGAUAUCAGGAAAUUCCUUGAUGGUAUCUACGUUAGUGAGAAGGGCAGAAUCGCAGAAGAAGAGUGAUUGUUUUCCAUCAACUGUUAUAGUGCUGCUACAAUUAUAUGUUCCAGUAAAACUGUUGGAUUUUGAUUUUUCUUUUUCUUUAUCUCUUUUUGGAUUUCAGUUGCUGAGAAUGAGAAUGUUU